AUGCCCAUUAUGAAGAAGCAUUCUGGGCAUAGUGGUAUUUUGCAAGUAUUUGAUAAAUUGGUGGAGGAGAUUGGAAGUCCAGUUGACUUUGAACUUCCUGAAUGCUUAAAUAAAUGGAAACCUACACCCUACUCCUCUAUCAGACGCAAUGUAUAUCUUGUGAAGAAGGUUAAAAGGCGUCAGGAGGACGAUGGCAUCUUUUGUUCAUGCAGCUCAACGGCUGGAUCAUCUGGGGUUUGUGGCAGAGAUUGCCUAUGUGGCAUGCUGAGGUCGAGCUGCUCUUCUGCCUGUAAUUGUGGGAUCUCCUGUGUGAAUAAGCCAUUCCAUCAACGACCUGUGAAAAAGAUGAAAACAGUCGAGACUGAGAAAUGUGGACUUGGAGUUGUGGCUGAGGAAGAUAUUAAUCAAGGAGAGUUUGUGAUAGAAUAUGUUGGAGAAGUGAUUGAUGACAAAACAUGUGAGGAAAGGCUUUGGAAAAUGAAACACCGUGGAGAGACAAAUUUUUACUUAUGUGAAAUUAAUAGAGACAUGGUGAUUGAUGCAACUUACAAGGGAAACAAAUCCAGAUACAUAAAUCACAGUUGCUGUCCCAACACUGAGAUGCAGAAAUGGAUGAUUGAUGGUGAAACAAGAAUAGGUAUAUUUGCGACUCGUGAUAUUGUAAAGGGCGAACAUCUCACCUAUGAUUAUCAGUUUGUUCAAUUUGGUGCAGAUCAAGAUUGCUUCUGUGGUGCUAUAGGCUGCAGGAAAAAGCUAGGAGUUAAGCCUAAUAAAUUGAAAAUGCCUUCUUCAGAUGCUGCAUUGAAAAUGGUAGCAUGUCAAAUGGCUGCCAAUUCUCCGAAAGUGAAAGCAGCUCUAUCCUCCCUCAAAAAAGGGAUUACAGCCUCAAAUAAUUCUGAACAAGUAGGAAAACGUGUCCAUUCAAACGGAAUUCCUGCUGCAGGAGGUUUAGGUCGUAAAUCUGUUUCAAGAAGAAAACCCUGUAAUUGCAUUGGUUCAGUAAUAAGAAUAAUUCGCUCUUUGGAUAAGAGGUCUUUUGGGAUAAUAAAACGAUAUGAUAAGGCAACAAGAAGACAUUUGAUCAUGUUUGAAGAUGGCAGUUCGGAGUUUCUAGACUUGUCAAAAGAAGAAUGGGAAUUUUGCAACCAUUAA